CUGAGCCUCAGAGCACGCGCUGGUGAGCGCUUCUCUCUGUGCUAUUACUUUAGAACCCGGCAGACGGACCGGGGGGCUUUGGUAGUCCGGCAGACGGACCGGGGGCUGCGGGAGUCCGGCAGACGGACCGGGGGCUGCGGGAGUCCGGCAGACGGACCGGGGGGCUGCGGGAGUCCGGCCCCCCUUCGGGAGGACGCCUGGUGCUUCGGCCCGUCCGGGGAUGUCUCGGGACCGGACCCGCUGGAAGCCGACAGCCCCGCGGGCUCAGCGCUGCGAGUCCUGGCCCCGGGAGUCCUGGUCCCGGGAGUCCUGGCGCAGGAGGCCGGCCCCGGCUCCAACAGCUCCGGCCAUGAGGACGGCUCGCGGCCGGAGCUGCCGGACACCACGCCAGCCGUGCCCGGAGACACGCGCGCGAGGCGCAAGCAGAUGAGGAACCCCUUCUACCCGGUGAGCGCGGACACGUACGGCGCGUGCGCGGUGGUGGCCUUCGCCAGCCUGAUCUUCAGCGUGGGCAUCAUCGGGAACGUGGCCAUCAUGUGCAUCGUGUGCCACAACUACUACAUGAGGAGCAUCUCCAACUCGCUGCUGGCCAACCUCGCGCUCUGGGACUUCGUGGUCAUCUUCUUCUGCCUGCCGCUCGUGGUGUUUCACGAGCUCACCUGGAACUGGCUCCUGGGCGAGUUCUCCUGCAAGAUCAUUCCCUAUCUGGAGGUGGCGUCUCUGGGGGUCACCACCUUCACGCUGUGCGCUCUGUGCAUUGACCGUUUCCGCGCGGCCGCCAGCGUGCGUCUGUCCUACCAGCUGAUGGAGAACUGGGCGUCCACGGGGGCCAAGCUGCUGGUCAUCUGGGCGGGGGCUCUGCUGCUGGCCCUGCCCGAGCUGCUGAUCCGGCAGCUGGUGACGGAGGAGGGGGACCCGUCCGGCGUGCCCCCCUGCCAGCGCUGCGUGCUGGGCGUGUCCCCCCGGCUGCCCGACGCGCUCUACGUGCUGGGCCUGACCUACCGGGCCGCGCGCCUGUGGUGGGUCUUCGGCUGCUACUUCUGCCUGCCCACGCUCUUCACGCUCUGCUGCUCGCUGCUGACCGCGCGCAAGAUCCAGCGCCUCAGCGGCCCCCCCGCUGGCCCCCAGGCCGGCCCCCCCGGUGGCCCCCCCCGCGGCGGCAGCAGGAGGCAGGUGCGGCUGGAGGGCCAGAUGAACUGCGCGGUGGUGGCGCUGGCCAUCCUCUACGGCUCCUGCGUCAUCCCUGACAACGUGGUCAACAUGCUGGGCAGCUACCUGCCGGUCAGCGUGGCGCGGCGCACGCAGGACCGGCUGCAGCUGACCGCCCAGAUGCUGCUGUUCUGCCGCGCCGCCGCCACGCCCGCGCUCUUCUUCUGGCUGUGCCCCCCCCUCACCCGGGCGCUGCUGCGCUGCUGCUGCUGCUGCUGCCUGGACCAGCCCCCCCACUCCCCCCCCCGCCCCCCCCCCCACUCCAGCACCAACCUGGACGCCUGCUCCACUGAGCUGGAGCCCCUGCCGCUGGGGGCCGCGGGCGGGGGGCCCUCCACCUUUGCCUCUCACUCCGGUCUGGGAACACAUUGCUGA